AUGGCAUACAAGCUGCUGGCCAAUCAGAUCCCGCCGGUCCCUCAGUCUGCGGGCUCGUUCCAAGCGCACUUCCAACGCCGAUGUCGGUCUCGCAAGGUCAAAUGCUCCGGCACGCAGCCGUGUGAUAAGUGUCGCAGUCGGCAGCAAGAUUGCGUGUUUGAGGAAGAUCGGAAGAUUGUAGUUUCUGAAGAGUUGUUUCUUUCGCUCAAGAGAAAAGUGAGCGAACUAGAAGGCUCACUUACAUCGACCCCGUCAAAGCGGCCUCGCUUCUUAGAGGGACAUGCUAGUAAUUCUGAGUCUAGCUGUUCAAAAGAAGCGCCGCAGUCAGUGUCGGAGCCAUGCGAACUCGCUACGCCUGAGCAACAGGAGUUGAAUCGACACGAUGAGCGAUUCGCCUCCAAUCCCCUGGUAUCGCCAUCCACCUACGUGAAGAACAGCGGACGCACACAACGGGCCUGGUUACUUCUCGGUCCAACCUCGACAUGGUCGUUCAGUCGUCGGGUCCUCAGCACAAUCCAGACCCGACUUAACCCGACAAGCACCAAACCGAUUCCUCUGGCCGUCGACGGCGAUGCAUAUCAGAUCCAGUGGCGCCAGGCUAGCUCCGAAGAGAUCCCGGAUAUAAGCGGACUCCCUUCUCGCGAUCAAGCAAUCUACAUGCUCAACACGGUCCGCUUCCAUUUCGGCCAUCUGUAUCAGCUCAUUGACGAGGAGGACUUCACCAGUAACCUGGACGAGUUCUAUCAUAACGCGUCCGCAAAGGUCCAGGUAUCCAGGCUGUGGUACGUGCAGUUUCUGGUCGUGCUGGCGUUCGGAGAGGCAUUGUUGGCGCCKGUGCGAAGGGCAUCACAUGCUACAUCGUGGACAAAGUACUUCUCCCGAGCGAUGUCACUGUUACCGGAUACUACAACGCUCUGGCAGGAUCCGCUGCUAGCCAUUGAGGUUCUGGCGCUGAUUGCGCUGUAUCUUCACUCGGUGGAUAUGCGGGACUCGGCAUAUUGCUAUAUCGGUCAUGCCAUGCGUAUGGCACUGGUAGAAGGCUUGCAUCGUGCUCUUCCAGUUGAGCAACUUGGCCAGAAGCGCGUCGAACGGUGUACUAAGGUCUGGUGGACGGUAUACAUUCUAGACCGGAAGUUCUCUUCGUUGAUCGGGGCGCCGACUUCGGUGCAUGACGAGGACGUAACCACAGUCCUGUGGGACCCGAUGAUCUGCUCCCAGGAGACAGCAGCUUUGAGCCUUCAUGUCAAGAUCACGCAGGUUAUCACGCGGGUGUUGAAUACGGCGUACAGUGCGAACGGGAAGUUGGGCAGUGCCUUCCUUCAUGGCAUUCGCUCCAUACUGCAUGAGAUGACCGACCUGUCGCGGGAAUUGGAGGAGGUCUUCGCUCAUCGGUUCUCGAGUUCAGUGGAUACUCUUUCCGGUGUGACCACUCGGUUGACACUUUCAUGUCAUUCGUGCAUUAUCGUCACCGCUCGUCCGCUCAUCCUGAGUUUGCUGUGGGAACGACUAAGCUGCUUCGAAGAGGGCGACGUCUUCCGAAGUCUAUCUUCGCCCGUUCGGACUCUGAUCCAAGCAUGUAUCGAUUCAGCACUCAAAUCAUUGAAGAUACUAACGGCCCUGCGAGACCAGAAUCUCCUUGAAAGCUUUCUCCCCUUCGACCUCGAGAACCUCUUCUCAUCCUUCUUUAUUCUCUCCUUGAUCUCCGCCGUCUUGCCCGGCACCCUACCAGACCACAGUUACCGCGAUAUGGGCUUCAGUCUAUUAGAUGAGAUGAUCGCCCGGGGAAACCGUGUCGCGCAACUUCGCAGAUCGGAGAUUGAGCUUCUCGAAGAGUUGGUGCAACCGCUAAUACGGCCAAGUACCCCUCACCGUGAACAGGACACGGGAACUCCUCUUAUUGCGCCAAUCAACGAAGAAAGCGCUGUGGCUCAACAGGAGGACCGAAGAACGGGUCUGGAUGCAGAAGGCCCCGGUCCGACGCCUCCAGUCACAGUCACAGGAGCACAGGAGGAGGAGCUCCUUUUCGACUGGCGGGAUUUCGGACUAUCAUUGAAUCAUAUGCUCUCGGCGACGGAUGAGCUGAAUGCGAACAGCUUAGUUCCUGGGGCAGAGGGCGAGGAGUUACCGGCUGACUUGUGGUUGUGGGGGUGA